CUUUUUGCCGAGUAUCAUGGGAAAAUAACAUAGCAGGCUAGCACGCGCAGGAAGAGAGGAGAAGAACCGACACCUCCGCGUAGCGAAACUAUUCCCGUGCGUUAUAUUCACCACUUACCUCCCCGAACAAGUGUAAACCGGCGACCAGAAACCAUCUUUAACUGUCCAACAUAUCGCGAAGUGUUUACGGUUGUUGUUUGUUUCAUUUGUCGGCUUGUUGGAUACUUAGCGCGUGUCGCUGUCGAGCGAUUUCGCGGAAGAGGUCAGUAUCGUCCCUGCUUCAGAUACCAAAGCCCAUCGAGAUUACAUUCAGAAGAUAAGAAGAAACUUUUCAUCAAGCGAGGCUACAGUCGACGGCGGUGUAAAUAUGAGUUACAAGCCGAUCGCCCCCGCACCCACCGGCUCCAACCACACUCCACCAGGAUCAUGUGGCUCAUCUCCAUCUCUGGCCUCCUCUUCUAACUUUAGACCAGCAUUUAGUGACUUUGGUCCACCAUCAAUGGGCUUUAUACAACCAGUUAAAGUGUCCCAGGGAUCUACGUAUAGUGAGCUGCUCUCCGUCAUUGAGGAGAUGAGUCGUGAAAUUCGUCCUACCUACGCUGGCAGCAAAAGUGCCAUGGAGAGACUGAAGAGAGGUAUCAUCCACGCACGUGCUCUUGUCAGAGAGUGUCUAGCGGAGACAGAGCGAAGUGCUCGCACAUAACACACACACUCCCUCCUUCCCUCCCUCCGGUACUUGUCUCCUCAUUGUUCCGUUUCUCACAGACAUGCUCCUCUUUGCCAAGCUAUUUACAACACCAUCUCUUUCUAUCUUUCUUAUCGACAUUUGUCCAUUAUGCAUAGUUAUCUCCCAGAUGUACACAUCAUGUAGUGUCACUGCAAUUAGCAUAGCAUUUUUUUAAGCCCAAUUUUUGCAAUUCUGUAUUUAAAUAAAAAAAAAAACUAAAUCAAUUUGCCAGAUUUUUAAUUCCACUGCAUGCAAGAAGUCCUUGUUUAAAAAAUUGAGUAAAUAAUUUUAUUUGGCUUCAGUCACAACAUAAAUGCAGACUAGCUGCAGCAAUAUGUAUUUAAAAAGCACUUUGAAAAUAUCUUUUUAUUUGUAGUGACAUAUAUAGGUUUAACUGCGACAAUUAUUGACUACACAAAAAUGUGAACGAGUAUACGUGUUCUGUUUCACUGAUGGGGGAAGUAUAUUCUUUUACAUGUGCUAUCACAGUGUUAACAUUAACAAUGUGUCUUUCACUAAUAUAUUUCACAGGC